AUGAAAUAUGCAGAUAAUCCGAAACCUAGGCAUUCAACCUCCAAACCUCAAAGCCAUAACUUAUGCAACAGCAAACGAAUCGAUUUUAACAAGACUAAGUCACUUAAUCCUUCUAAACAGGUCAGCGACAACCAGAGGCCGUGUCAAUCCGUCUGCGGGAAAGGGACGGAGAACAGACUGCUGUUGCAGAUCAGUGAAGCCAGAGGAGUGUCGGACUUUGAAAGGAUUCUUAAUUCUAAUGCAAUACUGAACGAACGCCACGGCCACGUAUGGCGGCGCUGUGAGCAUAAGCCGUCGGCCUCCGUCGUUCCUCGCCCUCACUCCUCCUACUCGCUCCAUGCCGUCAGUCAGACCUACCAUUAUCUGUUUCAACAGCACGAGGAGUCGCUACAACCUCUGAUCGACUCCUAUCGCCGAGCACAUGCUGAACAAGCCUGCCCACCCGGUAGUUUUCUCGGACCCAACUGGUACGAAAAUUUAAAAACAUUAUCAGAAUUUUAUGAAGACGACAAGGCACUGCAAGAGGAAAUAGAAAUAAUCAACGAUCGGAUAAUAGCUGAAGAAGUAAAGGCAGAAGAAUCUCAACAGUCGGGUAGAAACUUCAACGUCAACUUAGCUGAUCUAAUAGGUCUUCAUGUCGCUGGAGAAAGUUGUGCUGUACCGAACCGCGAUGACGCGUCGUCACCAGAACUAGACAAAGGAACGGAAGAGGAGAAGGAAUGGCUUGCACCGAUUAUGAGCGCAAAUCCCGAUGACCAACAAGAUAAAGACACUAAUGUGGAUUGUUUAGCACAAACUCUGAAAUCUGUGACCAUCGAUAGUGAUGCGACGGUGCCGACGAUAACAUUCAGCAAUUGUUGUGACGGUUGCGUCACCGGGGAGCGGUCCACCAAUCCCGAGGUAGUGAUCCACUUGACCGUGCCCUCUGUGAACAACAUUGAUGAGUCCCGGCCGCCUAUGAUGUGA